AGAUGCAGGGUCCUCAACCUAUCAAUUAUCCUGCACCGUCUUCACUUGAACCCAACAGUAAAAGGAUGACACCAGUGCAGGAUAAAUACCCUACCAUUGGUUCAGUCUCCUCAAUUGGAGGGGUGCAGGUUUCACGCCGCAAUGUUGUGAGAUAUGCAAGUUUGGGCAUUGCUGCAUCUUGUCUUUUUUUUGCCAUCACAAACUGGAAGGCAAUGCAAUAUACAUCUCCUAAAGCUAUACAGAACUUGUUAUUUGGAGUUAGCAGCCCUCCUUUUGGACAAAAUGAAGACACAGCUAGCUCACAGAGAAUUCAACAGUUUAUAAACUAUAUUUCUGAUGUGGAGGGCAGGAAAAAUGCAACUAUUGUGCCAGAGUUCCCAUCUAAAUUAGACUGGCUGAAUACUGCCCCUCUUCAGCUGCGCCGGGAUUUGAGAGGCAAGGUAGUUCUUCUGGACUUUUGGACAUACUGCUGUAUUAAUUGUAUGCAUGUGCUGCCAGAUCUGGAAUUUCUGGAGAAAAAGUAUAAAGAUAUGCCAUUUGUUGUAGUGGGAGUGCAUUCAGCAAAGUUUGACAAUGAGAAAGAUCUAGAGGCCAUUCGCAAUGCAGUAUUGCGCUAUGAGAUCACUCAUCCAGUUGUCAAUGAUGGAGAGAUGAAUUUAUGGAGAGAAUUAGGUAUAAGUUCCUGGCCAACCUUUGCCAUUGUUGGGCCAAAUGGCAAGCUUCUUGCACAAAUAGCUGGUGAAGGUCAUAGAAAGGAUCUUGAUGACUUAGUUGAGGCAGCACUUUUGUUCUAUGGUAGAAAAAAGCUCUUGGAUAAUACUCCCAUUCCCUUGAGAUUGGAGAAAGACAACGAUCCCCGCUUGUUAGCAUCCCCGUUAAAGUAUCCUGGUAAGCUGGCAGUUGAUGUCCUCAAUAAUCGGCUAUUCAUUUCAGACAGCAACCAUAACCGAAUAGUAGUCACUGACCUAGAAGGGAACUAUAUAGCUCAAGUUGGGAGCACGGGGGAGGAGGGUCUUCGUGAUGGUAAUUUCGAUGAGGCUACUUUCAAUCGACCACAGGGUUUGUCUUACAAUGCAAAGAAAAAUCUCCUUUAUGUGGCAGAUACUGAAAACCAUGCUUUGAGAGUCAUUGAUUUUGUAAAUGAGAUAGUAAGGACCCUCGCUGGGAAUGGAACAAAGGGUUCUGAUUAUGAAGGGGGAGGAACAGGAUCUGCUCAGGUCCUCAAUUCUCCCUGGGAUGUCUGCUUUGAGCCCGACAAUGAGAUUGUGUAUAUUGCAAUGGCUGGCCAGCAUCAGAUCUGGGAGCAUAAUACAUUAGACGGUGUAACAAAAGCUUUCAGUGGUGAUGGUUAUGAGAGGAAUUUAAAUGGGUCAAGCUCCAGAAACACUUCAUUCGCACAACCUUCUGGCAUUUCAUUAUCACCUGAUCGAAAGGAAGCAUACAUUGCUGACAGUGAGAGUAGCUCCAUUCGAGUUGUUGAUCUAAGGACUGGAGGUUCAAGAUUGCUGGCUGGUGGUGACCCAAAUUUCUCAGAUAACUUGUUUAGGUUUGGAGACAGUGAUGGAAUAGGUUCUGGUGCACUUCUUCAACAUCCAUUAGGUGUUUUUUGCGGUCAAGAUGGUCAAAUUUAUAUAGCAGACUCUUAUAAUCAUAAGAUUAAGAAGCUAGAUCCAGUAAGUAAAGCAGUGAGUACUUUAGCAGGUACUGGUCAAGCCGGUUUCAAGGAUGGAGCUUCUUCAACAGCUCAGCUAUCAGAACCAGCAGGAAUUGUUCAAGCAGAAAGUGGAAGAUUAUUCAUAGCAGAUACAAACAACAACCUUAUCAGAUAUUUAGAUGUGAACAAUGAAAAAGCUGAACUUCACACCCUAGAGUUGAAAGGAGUCCUGCCUCCUGCACCCAAAUCCCGAUCUUUGAAGCGCCUUAGGAGGCGAUCUGGAGCUGACACACAGACCAUUGUUGUUAGUGGUGGUUCGUCAAAAGAAGCUACAUUGCGCCUUCAAAUAUCAGUACCCGAAGGUUACCAUUUCUCAAAGGAAGCACAAAGUAAGUUUAGUGUUGAAAUGGAACCAGAGGAUGCAGCUCUGGUUGAUCCUUUGGAUGGAAAUCUGAGUGCACAAGGUUCUGCUGUUUUACAUGUGAGAAGAUCCUCGACUUCAUCUUCCAUGGGAAGAAUUAAUUGCAAGGUUUACUACUGUAAAGAAGACGAGGUUUGCUUAUAUCAGUCUCUGACAUUUGAAGUCCCAUUUGAAGAGGUAAAUACCGACUCCUCCUCACCCGCAGAGAUCACACUUGCAUAUGUUGUAAAGCCCAAGGUGUCCACAGAUAGCUUCCAGACCCCAGUUAAUCGCUGAUCAGAAGCAUUAUAUUAUCGAAUUACGCGUUUGUUCCACCAAAUUUGUGUUCAGCAUUCUUCCGACAUGUCUGUCUCAUUAUCUUCAUGCAACGCCAGGCCACCUAGCUUCAUAUUUGAUUUCUGUGAGUUGUGACCCUAUGCUUAUGCUUCUUAGAUAUAAAUAUAGUCUUUAAUCUUUACUUAAUGAAAUCGAGAAACCUAACUUCGUAAUAGAGAAAGUGAGAGCAAUGUUGAUCUCCCACUAGGUCACUAUAGUUGAUAUCCUCUCAGUUAUAUAUGUAUUUGUGUUGCCCUGUUUUGUUUCA